GUAAAGACGCUCUAUCAUGAGAACCCAUCGAGACGGAGGUAGCGAUUACUCAAAUUUGUAGUCACUCUUUAUGCAAUGUCAACCCUUUGAUGUUCUUAGGAUCAACAGUACACCGAAAGUCUCGAAGGUGGGUGAUGGUUCAAAGCGUACACCGCUGAGCACCGAAUAUAUACUGCAAGUCACCCACUAUAUAAACUGGCGUUCGUCGCUCAAAAUCCUCCCGCUUUCUCUGUUAAGAUCAGUGCGCCUCGUCCUGCUCCAUUAGUCUCUCUAAGGCGCCCGCUGAGGCGAGUUCAGCACAGGAGAUAGUUAAAGAGCAGAAUGGCAGACAUGUCUUAUUACCCCACUGUUGUUCAGAAGGUAGCCAGCCAACUUCAACUGAGCUCAAGUCAUUUCCAAGAUGCCCAAGCUCGCUAUGGGGCAUUACCCAGGCCUACUUUGUAUUCAAUGCAUGGAAACUACAACAAUGCAUGUAUGAAACAGUGCCAAACUGGCAUGGAUCUUUCAUCAAUUAGUGCGAAUGCUUCACCAGUGUUUGUGCAAGCUCCUGCAGAGAAAGGAUUUGCUAGUUUUGCAAUUGACUUUCUCAUGGGUGGUGUUUCUGCUGCUGUCUCCAAGACUGCAGCUGCCCCUAUUGAACGUGUUAAAUUGUUGAUUCAAAACCAGGAUGAAAUGAUUAAGUCUGGUAGGCUCGCUGAACCUUACAAGGGUAUUGGUGACUGCUUCAGCCGAACCAUCAAGGAUGAAGGAUUUGUUGCACUAUGGAGAGGAAACACUGCCAAUGUUAUCCGUUACUUCCCCACACAGGCCUUGAACUUCGCAUUCAAGGAUUACUUCAAGAGGCUCUUUAACUUCAAGAAGGACCGCGAUGGCUACUGGAAAUGGUUUGCUGGAAAUCUUGCUUCAGGUGGUGCUGCUGGGGCUUCAUCAUUACUUUUUGUGUACUCAUUGGACUAUGCCCGUACCCGUUUGGCUAAUGAUGCCAAGGCUGCAAAGAAGGGAGGUGAGAGGCAGUUCAAUGGGUUGGUUGAUGUCUACAAGAAGACACUUGCCACUGAUGGUGUUGCUGGACUUUACCGUGGAUUCAAUAUAUCUUGCGUUGGAAUUAUUGUCUAUCGUGGUCUGUACUUUGGGCUAUAUGACUCCAUCAAGCCAGUUGUUUUGACAGGAAGCUUAGAGGAUAGUUUCUUUGCUAGCUUUGGUCUUGGUUGGCUCAUUACAAACGGUGCCGGGCUUGCAUCUUACCCAAUAGAUACAGUUCGUAGAAGAAUGAUGAUGACAUCUGGUGAGGCAGUCAAGUAUAAGAGUUCUCUUGAUGCAUUCUCUCAGAUCCUAAAGAACGAGGGAGCCAAAUCUCUGUUCAAGGGUGCUGGUGCUAACAUUCUGCGAGCUGUUGCUGGUGCUGGUGUAUUGGCCGGAUAUGACAAGCUUCAGCUUAUUGUGUUCGGAAAGAAGUAUGGUUCCGGUGGGGCAUAAUAAGCUCCUACACAUUGUUUUUGCAAUGUCCACUAGAUGGUGAUGAUAAAAGUGAGUUUUAAAAUUCAUUCAGGCUAUACAAUUUUAAUUUAUGUUUGUGUAAUAAUUUGAAUUUUGGACGUGCUUGUGAACCCAAACAUCUGCACGCAACACCUCCUUUCUAUGUGAGGGUGAUUUAUUUUUGAUGACUUGAGAAAACUUAAAUAUUACGUUAUUGUCAUGCCCACGGUCUUAAUUUGAUUUCCAAAUUUG